GCCGAGCGCGCGCCCCCUCCCCCGGGUGCCCUCCCCCCGGCGGCCCCUUUCCCCGAGCGCCCCUCCUCGCGCCGGGCGGCGGCGGUGGCCUCGCAUGACCCGGCGCGGAGGGAGGGAACGCGGGAGGGUCCUGGGUUCCAGGAUCGGGCGGGGCGUCCCGCAGCUGGAAACGUGUCUUCUGCCUUCUUUCUACUCCCCGCGCCUGGAGCUGCCGCUACCAAGAAGAGGAGCUGAGGGGGACUAGCCGGGGCUCAGGAGCUACUAGAGGCGCCCGCUUGUCUUCCGCCCCCUCCCUCCUCGCCCUUCCCCGCUUGCCGUGGCUCUAGCAGUAUCUGGAGCGUCUUCAGAGAACUGGGGGGCGGGAGGGGUCCUGGCCCAGAGCCGCUGGACGCCCCUCCAGACGCCGGAGCUACCGGCCGCCGCCUGCUUCGCUGCUACGACUGUAGAGAAGGGGGCAUGGGAAGGGAAGACAGCUUUCCUUCUUUCUCUCCUCCUUUGGGCCCCUUUGGAAACAUUAAAAAAUGUUUACGCUUUUUCCAUAGCUGAGAGAAAACGGUUGGAAGCUUUUUGAAAGUUUAAAAGAAAUGCACUCUCUUUUACAUUGUUUAAUGCAUUACUGUCCGUGUGGCUUUCUGGUCUUCUCCCACCAUACGCCCCACGCCCUGCCCUCCUAAAGCUGUUAGCCUUUUUAAGGAUGCUGAAGAGGCAGGAGGCAGGGAUUUUCUAAAAGUUGUAUUGAUAAACACUUGUACAAACAUAUGCUAGGCACACACAUAAACGAUAAACAUUCGCGAAAAACACAAUAUGGCGUACAGCUACCCUAACUAGCGCGGUAAUCCGCUGAUCUCUUAACCCAACCCAGUUGAAUGGGGUCAGUAGCAGGAUGACAGUUCUCCAGUAAAAAUCUGAAUGAAGCAGGAAGUAAUUUGGAAGCAGCCCGUGGGUAAAGUACUGUCCUCACAUCAGCAUUGGCCCAAGCUAAGUUGAAUUUGUGAAUCUUCGAGUCAUGUGAAAAUUGUCUUAACUGCUUCUUACCAUUAAAAAUACCAAAAUGUUGCUCAAGUGGAAUUUUCUCACUGCGUGGUCAUGUGUGAAUUUCAGCUAAGAAAAUUAAGAGACCACUCAUUCCCCCAGUGUUUUCAAGCAAGCUCUGUUCUAAAGUUAGUAUUUUUGUUGCUAUUGAAAGUUUUAAAACAUGAAUUAUAAGGACCGUUUUGUAAAUACAUUCUCUAGCUUUACACAUUGAAUAAUCCGUUACCAUCGACAAAUUCAUAAAUGGUUUACUUUCUUACCUGUUGCUCCUAAUCCCAUGCACCCUUUGCUAUUGAUUGGGAAUCGUUAAAAUACACCGUUCUACCCCAUCACAUCCCCAGUCCAAUUUUGGCUACGAUUUGCAUUUCUGUAUUUCUUGGAAAAGAACAACAGCAAGAACAAUUUACAUUUUUUUAAUGCCCAUGUUUGCUCUUUGUCAUUCUUAAUCAGAAUGUAUCAAAGUUGAUGCACAUAUAGUGCAUGGUAAUACCAUUCACUGUGCCCUCUUGGAAGUAGUCUUCUCUCAAGGAAGUUUUUGGUAUUGUCCUUGAAGAAUUGCUGAUAUUACUCAUUGCUUAGCGCUCAAGGUUUAAUUCUUAAGGUUGGGGAUGUGAUUUCCAUUGAGCUCAAUUUUGGAGGGCUUUAGCCUUGAGCAUACAUCAUGCUCAGACAGUGAGGAGAAGAAAAAAAGUGAGUUUUCUAGAAAUAUAAUUAUCUGCUCAGUGAGUCCAGCAGUUGGGUAUUUUUGGUUUUGUGAUUUCAGAUCUCACAGACCAGUGGAAUAAAGAACUUUUGCAUAUGAAGAUCAGGUGACAAGUUAACUGGCUACCAGCCUCCAAAGCAAUACGCCCUUUCAUGUCACACAAAAAGAAGUGUUAAGAAUUGCCCUUUGAGACUCUGAAGACUAAAGAGUACCUGAUAAAUUGCAAGUCUGUUUGUGCCCCAUAGCUGCACAGUUCCUUGACCGUCAUUCUGUGGCCUGCCCCUUCUCUUUAUAUGCAGCCGCUCUCUGCUCCCUGCCCCAAUGAACAUCUGCACUAGGCCCAAGCCUUGGAGUGAUUUACCUGAAGAGUGACACCAUUUAUUUGAAAACUACUAUGAGGAAACUGAAGCCCAGAGAGGUGAAGUGAGGUGCCCAAGGCCACACAGCAAGUUAGAGGCACAGCUAGUACCAUAGCUCAAGUCUCCAGACUCCCAGUCCAGUGCUCCUCCCAUUACUCCACGGGUCCUGUCUCUAAGCUUCCUGACAAAUGCUAGAACGGAAGAAACCCAAGACAGCUGAAAACCAGAAGGCAUCUGAGGAGAAUGAGAUUACUCAGCCGGGUGGAUCCAGCGCCAAGCCGGGCCUUCCCUGCCUGAACUUUGAAGCUGUUUUGUCCCCAGGCCCAGCCCUCAUCCACUCAACACAUUCACUGACAAACUCUCACGCUCACACCGGGUCAUCUGAUUGUGACAUCAGUUGCAAGGGGAUGACCGAGCGCAUUCACAGCAUCAACCUUCACAACUUCAGCAAUUCCGUGCUCGAGACCCUCAACGAGCAGCGCAACCGUGGCCACUUCUGUGACGUGACGGUGCGCAUCCACGGGAGCAUGCUGCGCGCACACCGCUGCGUGCUGGCAGCCGGCAGCCCCUUCUUCCAGGACAAGCUGCUGCUGGGCUACAGCGACAUUGAGAUCCCGUCCGUGGUGUCCGUGCAGUCGGUGCAAAAGCUCAUUGACUUCAUGUACAGUGGCGUGCUGCGCGUCUCGCAGUCGGAAGCCCUGCAGAUCCUGACGGCCGCCAGCAUCCUGCAGAUCAAAACGGUCAUCGAUGAGUGCACGCGCAUCGUGUCGCAGAACGUGGGCGAUGUGUUCCCGGGGAUCCAGGACUCGGGCCAGGACACGCCACGGGGCACUCCCGAGUCGGGCACCUCGGGCCAGAGCAGCGACACCGAAUCAGGCUACCUGCAGAGCCACCCGCAGCACAGCGUGGACAGGAUCUACUCGGCGCUCUAUGCAUGCUCCAUGCAGAACGGCAGCGGCGAGCGCUCCUUCUACAGCGGUGCGGUGGUCAGCCACCACGAGACGGCGCUCGGCCUGCCCCGCGACCACCAUAUGGAAGACCCCAGCUGGAUCACGCGCAUCCACGAGCGCUCACAGCAGAUGGAGCGAUACCUGUCCACCACCCCCGAGACCACGCACUGCCGCAAACAGCCCCGGCCGGUGCGCAUCCAGACCCUGGUGGGCAACAUCCACAUCAAGCAGGAGAUGGAGGACGACUACGACUACUACGGGCAGCAAAGGGUGCAGAUCCUGGAGCGCAACGAGUCCGAGGAGUGUACGGAAGACACCGACCAGGCCGAGGGCACCGAGAGUGAACCCAAGGGCGAAAGCUUCGACUCGGGCGUCAGCUCCUCCAUAGGCACCGAACCCGACUCCGUGGAGCAGCAGUUCGGGCCUGGGGCGGCGCGGGACGGCCAGGCCGAAUCCGCCCAACCUGAGCAGGCUGCGGAAGCCCCGGCUGAGGGCGCCCCGCAGCCGCAUCAGCUAGAGACCGGUGCCUCGUCCCCGGAAAGAAGCAACGAGGUGGAGCUGGACAGCACGGUGAUCACCGUAAGCAACAGCUCCGACAAGAGCGCCCUGCAGCAGCCUGCGGUCAACACGUCCAUCGGGCAGCCACUGCCAAGCACCCAGCUCUACUUACGCCAGACGGAAACCCUCACCAGCAACUUGAGGAUGCCUCUGACCUUAACCAGCAACACACAGGUCAUUGGCACAGCCGGCAACACCUACCUGCCGGCCCUCUUCACCACCCAGCCCGCGGGCAGCGGCCCCAAGCCUUUCCUCUUCAGCCUGCCACAGCCCUUGGCAGGCCAGCAGACCCAGUUUGUGACAGUGUCCCAGCCCGGCCUGUCAACCUUUACUGCACAGCUGCCAGCGCCACAGCCCCUGGCCCCAUCCGCCGGCCACAGCACAGCCAGUGGGCAGGGCGAAAAAAAGCCUUAUGAGUGCACUCUCUGCAACAAGACUUUCACCGCCAAACAGAACUACGUCAAGCACAUGUUCGUACACACAGGUGAGAAGCCCCACCAAUGCAGCAUCUGUUGGCGCUCCUUCUCCUUAAAGGAUUACCUUAUCAAGCACAUGGUGACACACACGGGAGUGAGGGCGUACCAGUGUAGUAUCUGCAACAAGCGCUUCACCCAGAAGAGUUCCCUCAACGUGCACAUGCGCCUCCACCGGGGCGAGAAGUCCUAUGAGUGCUACAUCUGCAAAAAGAAGUUCUCCCACAAGACCCUCCUGGAGCGACACGUGGCCCUGCACAGUGCCAGCAAUGGGACCCCUCCCGCAGGCACACCCCCAGGGGCCCGAGCUGGCCCCCCAGGGGUGGUGGCCUGCACGGAGGGGACCACCUACGUCUGCUCCGUCUGUCCAGCAAAGUUUGACCAAAUCGAGCAGUUCAACGACCACAUGAGGAUGCAUGUGUCUGACGGAUAAGUAGUAUCUUUCUCUCUUUCUUAUGAACAAAACAAAACAACAAAAAAGAAACAAACGAAAAAAAGCUAUGGCACUAGAAUUUAAGAAAUGUUUUGGUUUCGUUUUUACUUUCUGUUUUUGUUUUUGUUUCGUUUCAUUUUGUACUACAUGAAGAACUGUUUUUGCCUGCUGGUACAUUACAUUUCGGAGGCUCAGGGGAAUAAUAGUUCUCCCAGUCUCCCUCGGAUGGUGGCCUUAAGGCCUGGUAGUGCUUCAGGAGGUCCACUGGUUGGAUCUCUAGCUACUGGCCUCUAAAUACAACCCUUCUUUACAAAAAAAUCUUUAAAAAAAAAAGUAAAAAAAAAAAAAAUUUUCUUUUUUCACUUGUGAAGAGCACUACAAAAAUAUAUAACAAAAUCUAAAAGGCCUACUGUCUUUAAGUACACCGCUUGCAGUGUUUCAGUGGACAUUUUCACAAUUCUGGCCGCUUGGACUUCACAGUAACCAGUUAAAACUGUGGAAUAUCACUUUCUGGUUGAAAACCCAGAGGAAAGGCCCUGCUGUUUUCCACCCCCAACGUUGUCUGAUUUCAUGCAAGGGCUGUGGGUGUGGGAAGGGGCGUGGGUUUGGCGGUGUGGGAAAGGCAGACGGCAGGCUUCUCCCCCAGAUUCUGCUCGGUCCACACACCCUGGCCCACCUCCUCCAUGCCCCCCCCUUUCAGCAGAAGCCAGGAAGACUUGGACAAGCAUCAAGCAACAGUGGCUAUCGUAUUUAUUCAGUGUCUUCGCUGAGCCCCAGACUCAGCACAAUCAAGAGGGACUUUCAUGAAAGGCAGGAAUGCAGAUAAAACAAAGAUAUCAGAGGUUUGCACCUACGUUUCUAGGUACAAGAGAAGGAUUAUUUCCAACAAUCUUUGCAAAAAACAAAAACAAACAAAAAAAAAGUGUCAGGAUAUAUUCUUGUGGAAGAGAAAAAGAAAGAGAAAUGGAGGGGGGGGAAUAAUAAAAAGUUCUUGAGGCUUUUUUAAUUCAAAAUUUUAUAGAGGGGCAAAAGUGACGUUUACCAGAUAGAAUGCUGAUUUUUUUAAUAUAUUUACAACAGUAUUUGUGUAAAAAAAAAAACAAAAAAAGUGAGAUUGUUAAAAGUAAUUUUUUUUUCAUUUUGGUUUUGCAUACACUGCCACCAAUCCCUUCUCUUUUAUUUUAUUUCACACACAUAUAUAUAUUUUUUGGUAAGUCAAGACUGUUAAGGUUAGCGAUACUGCUUCCAGAUAGAAAGAAUAAAAGGCAAUUAAAGUUAUAUUUGAAAGAGAGGAAGGAUAUUUUCUUCAUAUUUUUUUAAAUUUUUCUUAAUUUUUAUUAUUUUAAGUAUUGCCUGGGUUGAUGAGGGCCUCUGGCCAGCCCAUCCCUGCUGUAAUUUGAACUGCUGCUUUGUAUUUUGAUAUGUAGUCUUUCGACUUUUAGCAAGCUUAUGUUGCUCCACUGAAUAUUUUUUUCAACUGAUUCAUCUAGAAUUCUGUUCUUUUUCAUGGGAGGGACUUUAUCUUUCAGAAACAGAUUUCUUGCUUCUCUGAAAGUUCAUUGAGAUCUUAUGAUUCUAGAAUUUCUAUUGACUUUACCUUUUUUUUCUUUGAUGAAACACUAGUAGUCUAGAGGUCUUGACAAAAGUGUUCUUUCCUUUUGUGGUCAGCCGGGAGGAGCAGUUCACAAAACUCUACUGUCCCUCCUCACCCUUCACAACUACAGAGAGCGGCGUUAUCAGAAGCCUGUUGCAGAUCAGAAUGCCUCGAUGCCGAAAUUACUUUCUUCCUUUCAAAGAUCACCUUCUGUUUCCACCAUGGUUGAGAGGGCUAAAUAAGAUGGUUAUUCUUUAGAUGAUUUAUUAACCCUUGCUUGUUGGUAAGGUUUUAAAGAAACUAACAAAAAUCUCCCAGAUGCCAACAUCCACCAUUCAAAAGGCCACCAAUUCACUGCGUCAUCUUAGAUGCCACUCUCUCUUCCUAGUUUGGAUUUCUCUCCUCGGUCCUGAUCAAGGUAUCAGAACAGAGAUCUUUCCAUGAUAGACAGUGUCCUAAAGGGAUUCCAACUCAAAUAUCGGAAUUUUUAAACCUAAUGAAAACUCCAAAGGUGAUUUCAUUGCUGGGCAUAUUUUAACACACUUAAGGGGAAAGGUAAAUCUUUAAACAAAACAGAAACACUAAACUACAGUUUAAAAAGAAAAAAAGAAGGAAAGAAAGUAUUUCAGUUUCAAAAUUACUUUGCAUUUUAAUUUAAUUUUCCUAUCAGCAACUUAUUUACAAAAACUGUGUGACAAAUGAGGAGAAAUCUUCCAAGGAAAGCAACUGUAUAAUAACUAAAGUGGUUUUACUCAUACAUUUUAGGAUUGGUUAACUUGUAUCUUUUCCAUAAGUUCUUGGUGAUGUUUAGUAGGGUUAGUGCGACUGGACUGGCGUAUAUGUGAGUUUCAUUUGGUCCUGUGGUCCUUCAUUCAGUAAAUAUUUUGCUAGUAGUUUUAAUGUAGACUUGGAUGAUUAAUUGACCUUUAAGUAUCACCCAUCGUGAUUUCUAAGAGGAGUCCUACUAAAAACUAUCUGUCCAAAAUUGACCUGUUUUAAAAGCUAGUGGGAAACAGCUUCAGAAACAAGAAAUAGUCCAUUUUCUCUUGCUUUUUGAAAUAGCUAUCUUAAGUAAGACUCCAGUAUUUCCACUUACUACCAACAGAGGGAGCAUUAGUUAAUUAACCAUAGCCUAGAAUUUUGAUAUUUUGAAAAACAAGUCAUUCAACCCAUGAUGUAAAACAGAAGAAAUUGACAUUAAAAAAAAUAUCUUUUUAAUCUAGAGGAAAAUGACAUGAAAUCACUCAGCAUAUGUUACAAAUGGAAGAAGGCCAAAAGCCACUUUAAAGUAUUUUGUAUUAUUGGACAGUAGCUCGUUUAGAAUAGUGGCCUUACACAAACCUUAGCAAAGUAGACAGAUGUUAUAGGAACUCCAGAAACGUGAUCUUGGGUGGCGGUAUGGGCCACAUUUAGCUAUCUGCUUGUCAAAUCUGAGGGACACUCAUUUGCCUUAGUGCUGAUUUGCCAUGUAAAAAACUAAGCAAUUGGGUUAAAAUUUACCUUUUGUUAUAGGACACGUGGGGAAAAAAAUACCAGUUGGGUUUAAACUCUAAUAGUCAUCCUUUCCCUUCAAAUGAAGUAUCUCUUUUUUGUAAAUGUUAGAGGACUCCCAAAGAAUUCCUGGUGAGGUGAUGUAAUCAUUAUAACAAUAUGGACUAUCUAGGUUUGCAUAGCAGUAGACUUUUUCUUACUGUGUGUCUGUUCCUCCCAAACAUCUCAUAGUCCAAAAUAGUUGACAGACUGUUCUCUGGAGAAAGGAAGCAGCUAGAUUGGAGUGGAAGAUCUAAGCUGGGGAGCAGUGAACUUGCUGUGGGACCUUACUCCAUGUUCUGGCCUCUGAAAGGGCUGCUUCCAAACUGACCUACAUUUUAGGAAAUAAACUAGUCCGUGCCUAUUUCAAAAGGAUAGAGUUGCUUUUAGUUUGUCAAUCCUUCUUUUCAAAUUAAAUCAUCACCAACAUCUUAGGAAAGGGGAAACAUUUUGCUUCAAGAAUAGAAGAUGAGCAUAGAUUCUUUUAUUCUUUUAGUUUCAAAUCCAACAAUCUUCUUACAUUUGGAACUUUAUGCUAGGAUGCUAUGAGUGCUUAAAAAAACAAAAAACAAAAAACUUCAGUAGCCAGGAAAAAAAAAAAUAGAUGAAAUGGAAGCAAGUGUUCCAGAUUUAAGACCUCUUAGGAUGAGUACAGGGAACAAGAACUGGUAUGGAAAAGUACUCUUUUUUUUUUUUUUUUUUAGCAAUUUAUCACUUAAAACUGGAUUAGCUGGACAAAGGAAAGGAAAAAGUCAAAGGGGAACGUUUAUCUCUAGACAGUUAGAUACAGUUUAUGAAAAAUAAAAUUUUCUAGCACUAAAACAUCAGUAGCAUCUUAGCGGAGUGGGCAAGUUUUCCCCUAUUGAUAUAAUAAAUGCCAAAAUUUGUACCCCCCCCAAAGCCCCAAAUGUGUAAAAUAGAGCCCAAAAGAAGGAAGGAAUUGAGACAUAUGGGUCUGAUACAAAUCUACACAUGGGAAAAGAUUGAGAAACAAGCCAGGCCAAAAAAGACUCUGAAACGAAAGUCUCUAUAUCAAAAUAUUUCUUAUUAUACAGUUUGAGUUGUAAACUUUAGCUUCUAAUAACAGUUUUAUAGACUUUUUCUUCCCCAAAUUCCUAAUGCUCUGAAUCUGUUUGUGCCAUGAGUAAGUGUAGUGAAUACUUUCCUGCUGUUGUUCAGGCUGAAGCCCAUUCCUUCUUCCUAGGCAUCUCGAGGGUCACAGUAGCUCCUGGCCUUAGAAGGAAAGACUUGAAUUUGCUGUGUUUAAAAGUCACAGGGAUUUUAUUUUGUAUCAGCUCAACAUUCUGUAAGGACCAAGAAAACUUCUUCCAACUCAUGAACAGUUAGAAUUUGUGCAUUGUGAUAUGAAAAGAGAAAAGGUUUCCUCUGGGUGUGUUAAGUUUCAUGUUAGUCCUAAAGCCUUCACCUACCUGUACCCCAUCAUACAAGCACACCAACAGUAUGUGCCCAGCCCAGGCACCUCAUCAGUGUUUUCCCUCAGCACAGAAGUUGAAAGUGAGGUGUGCUUCGUAUAAAAUCCCUCAGAGCCCCGAGAGAACAUAUAAUAAGGGUCACGUCGCAUCCUCGGUGUGGCUCCCCAGAAUGUUCCCAAUACCUGCUGCCCUGAGGACAGGGGGCAGUGAGGUAGAUCUGGCCAGGAUUCCCACUAGCUAUGCCCAUUUUGGAGCCUUCCUCUAUUGUUCUAGAAGAUGUCAUUUAAUCAGUCGGGGCUGGGAGCAGAGUAUGUGUGACUGCAGCAAAGGUAUCAGAUAACCACAUCAGGUCUGCAUCUGCUACAGCCAGUGCGCUGCCGCAGCAAAAAAGAGGCAAAACGAAGGUGCAAGGGAGGAGUAGGCACCACCUGAGAUGCCCCUGGGAUUUAGGAGAAGGGAGAGUGCCCUUUCUGUUGUGACCUGACUCUUAAAAGAAAUCUUCUGAAAGAAUAAUAUAGUCAUGAGUUGAAGUCCAGGGUAGCGGGAGCCCUGGCGAAGGGAACAGGACUGCGAAACGUAUUCAGCACCAAUAAUGCGAAGCCAGAAAGCAUCCAAUCGCAUCACUAGGAGGUUUGGCAAGAGGCAUUUGGAGAAAGCUUUGGGUUUUUCCGUGGGUAGGGUGGACAGACUUUUCAGUGAUUUCUGGCUCUGAGAAACCUCUUUACUAACUAUAAAAGAACUUUAUUUAAAUGGCCAAUUUUGUCCCCCAGAGAAAGAAAUUUUAUAAAGAGAAAAAUAGGACACUGAAGACAGAACCAUGGGACUUGGUGUCGAACAAAA